UCAAGGUCUACACAGUUGGUGAAUGGAGAAAUGAAUCCAGUUAUCACGAUAAAUCAGUGCUAUCGGCAGUGUCGCGGUCGGCUCCGCGAGUAUAUUCGAUAACACGUCGCGUGAGACUUUCGCUUUGUGUUAGGAUUAGAAAAUAUUAAGUGUAUCGAGUGUGAUACAAUGUCUUCCGUUGUUGAAGAUAUUUGUGAACUUUUAGACAGUUACAAUGGACGGGACAAGGUGGUCAGACUAGCAUGCUACACAUUGAAGUUAUAUGGCUGUAUAAAGGGCGAGAAGCCAUGGCAGACGGCAGGUUCCCGUCUCUCCAACGCACGCAUGAUGCUGCGACUCUUCGAUGAUAUCCCCAUGAUACGACACACCUACAACUACGGGCUUGGUCGCCAUGAGUCCUCAACAAUGGCAGCAGCGCUCGGCGUCCUAGCCAACAUGGUUGACCAAGCCUUCCUGCCCGUGGAGAAGGCGUGUUGGCUGCAAGAAGUAGGCGUUUUGAAGCUGUCGGAUGAAACGGCGGAGCGAUUAGACGUCGUCAGUACGGCGCUGUGGACUGCGAGUCUCUACAUAUCUCUACUGCAAACCGUUCGCGCCAUCCGCCAGCUGUGGUGGAGUCGUGACUGUCUGCGGCACUCUUGUGAAGGAGGGGGCGCAGAGGCUCGCCGGAAUCUGGACGUGCGGCUCACAUUACAAGCUGUCACCGCAGGCAAACUCCUCCUCGACAUAACUCACGCCGUGAGCUGCUUACCAGGAGGAUGGUUGUGGGGAGAACGCAUCGGCAGCACCAAGGUCGCUGCCAUCGCCACUACGAGCUCCGUCAUCGGCAUCGCUAUGUACUUCGCUAAGAAACGACUCUUGAAGUAAAGUCUGAAAGGUUAUACCUACACAUAUUGUACAACAACCGUCUCUCCUAGCCGAAUCAAAAUCAUCGGCCUGCUAUUUUAUUUAAAGAUAUUUUUCAAAGAAGGUUGGAAAUGAGUACUAUAAUCUACGUGUAUAGUGCGAUAAAACAAUUUACAACAAUUUCGUCAACGGAUAAGAACCGCUUCUAUAGCCGGCUCUUAUCCGUUGACGAAAUUGUUGUAAAUUGUUUUAUCACACUAUACACGUACAUUAUAGUAGAUAGAUGCUGUACCCCAUAAUCUACUGUCAAACACAACUGUUGUCUAAACUCGGUUGUUGUUGUUGGUUAUAGGGCUCAAAAUGAAAGUGACCUAUGGCGUAGUGAUUUUAAAAAGGUAAGGUACAUAGGGGCAAAUCUCGACUGGGGGGCAAUUGUAACUAAUCCAUUUUUUCCAUUAUUACACUAUGAUGAGUUCUACAUGUAUCCACUGAACACGCCUACCAUAUAUAACCGGUGGAUACUCUAUUUAAUAAUGUAAACAUUGUAAAACAUGGAAAAAAUGGACCAGUUACAUUUGCCCCCCAGUCGAGAUUUGCCCCUAUGUACCUUAUUCUAAAUUGUGAUUGAGAUAUUAUUUUAAUAGUGUGAAAAGGUUCAUCGUCGUCAUAAUCUUGGUUUGUAAUACAUGCUUCUAUUUUUUUUUACUGAUUACUGUAAUUUUUUAACAACGGGAACAGUAUUUCGAAAUUCUGCUAAGUCUUUAUGAAAUCAAUGAAUUCUGAUAGACAAGAAUAAUUUGAAGGCAUAAUUUGGAUUUAAAAACUCCAUCUAACUAAACUGACGCUCCCAGCGGUGAUAUUCAAUGCCUUCAAGUAACGGUCUCCAAACCCUCGUUACAUACAUUUUAUUACAUUGGUUUAGGUUUUCAGCUGAUGGUACUCAAAUGCGGCCUCGUUUUAUCCCGCAGUGCAGAGGGUUUAUUCUGUAAAUAAUGUCAAAAUAAAUGAGGAGUGUCUUUUCAAAAGUGUUUAUUUAUCCAUGAAAUUCUUACAAAAUUGAGCUCUUUUGUAAAGACACACCUGUAAGUGUUAGUACAUAAUAUAUGUAUCAUUAUUUGUAUUUAAAUAUGUUUACCUGCUGUUUAUAUACGAAAACUGUUAUCACUCUUGUUAUAGUAUACAUUAUAUUUGACCUGAUGAAAUUAUUUUUAUGUAUUUUAUCAAUUUUGAUGGCGGAUAGCCAAAGGCCUGCCACUUGAACCGCUAAUUCAAAUGCACAAGUUGUAAACUUUUGCAUUUAGUAGAGUUAUUUUGGGUAGUCCCCUAGAUAUUUAUUUUUAGGAGAAUGAAAAAAAAUUUAAAGAUACAAAAAUGUAUCCAUUCUACUAAAAUUCAGUCACAAUAGAUACUUAAAAUGUAUGGAGUGUUUUUUUGUUGACUCUGCGCAGAUUUUUCACAUGUAUUUUUUUUUACAUAAAGUAAAAAUAAGUUUUGUAUGAUAUUUAUAAUAUAUGGAAUAUUACCUAUAUCCUAAUUAUGUGGUACCUGAUAAAUAUUUGGAACAGAAAUAAAUGUACAGUACCUUA